AUGACUCUCCUUCGAUCCUUUACGGUGCUCUUUGCCCUGGUGGCAUCCACUGUUCACGCCGUUACCCCCAUCAGCAUCGAAGGCUCUCAGUUCGUCAACCCUGUCUCCAAAAAGCGUUUCCAGAUCAUUGGCGUCGAUUACCAGCCAGGCGGAGCUGCUGGUUACAAGGAAAAGGGUGGAGCUGAUCCACUCAGUGACGGCGAUAUCUGUCUGCGUGAUGCUGCUCUGCUCCAGCGAUUGGGUGUCAACACCAUUCGCAUCUACAACCUCAACCCCGCUACUAACCAUGACCUCUGCGUCUCUAUCUUCAAUGCUGCCGGCAUCUAUCUAAUUCUCGAUGUCAAUUCGCCCAUAGCCCAUCAGAGUUUGAACCGUGCCGACCCAGCCUCCACAUACCACAAAGGCUACAUGGAACGCGUCUUCGGUAUUGUGGAAGCUUUCAAGGACUAUCCCAAUACCCUGGCUUUCUUUGGUGGAAAUGAAGUCAUCAACGAAGAUGCUGUCAAGGAGGUUCCUGCAUAUAUUCGCGCUGUCCAACGUGAUAUUAAGGAGUACAUCUCCAAACAUGCUCCUCGCAGCAUUCCUGUUGGCUAUUCCGCUGCCGAUAUUCGUAACAUCCUGGCGGAUACCUGGGCAUACAUGUCUUGCCAGAUUGAUGACUCUGACAUAUCCCUCUCUGACUUCUUCGGUCUCAACUCCUACUCUUGGUGCGGAGAUGCCUCCUUCACCACCAGUGGAUAUGACAAACUUGUCGAGCAAUUCGCCGAGACUUCCCUCCCCGUCUUCUUCUCCGAGUAUGGCUGCAAUAAAGUCCAGCCCCGCAUAUUCACCGAAGUGGGUGCUCUAUAUGGAAAGGAAAUGACAAAGGUCAUGGGGGGCGGUCUGCUCUAUGAAUACUCCCAAGAAUCCAACGACUUCGGUCUCGUUCAACUGCACCCCAAUAACACCGCCACUAUCCUUGUUGACUACGACAACCUGAUGGAUCAGUACAGGAAAGUCGACCUUUCCCUCCUCGAAUCUCUUGACCCAGCAGCGACCAGCAUCAAACCUCCCAAAUGCUCUCCUGACCUCAUCAAGGACACCAAACACUUCGAGAACGACUUCAAAAUUCCAAAAGCUCCAGAAGAGGUCCCUGAGAUGAUCAAGAAUGGCAUCAAAAACCCUAACAAGGGCAAUCUCGUCGAAGUCAAAAACACUAAGGUCAAAUUCGAGGUGUAUAACAAGGACGGUGUAAUCUUGGAAAACCUGUCCAUCAAAGUUCUCCAAGACUUCCAGUCAAACCUUCCAGGCGAGAAGACCUCUGGCGCACCCGGUGCCGUAAAAGAGAAGAAGAAGGGCGCUGCUAGCACCCUGUCCACCUCCAAUGCUCUCUCUAUCCUUGCUGCUGUGGUUGGAUUGACUCUGCUUAUGGUAUAG